AUGGAUAAUGCACACAUGACCCUGAGCAUACCCUUCUACUGGAUGCUGCUGUUAGUCUCUACCGGUUAUUGUCACUUCCCGGAUCCGAAUAUCCGUUUGGACCGGUGUUUGCGCACGGAUGAAACACUCAGCUGGAAUCGAACGUUCCACUUCAACAACCAUAGUCUAAACCUCACAUUGGAAGUAACCGAUCGCCCAUCCCACUGGAUACUGAACUACAUAUUUGCCAUUAUUGCACAUGAAAGGUUAGGCUACCAGAAUAUCACUUUCGUUGAACGCACAUGGAGUACUCCCAGUGAUUCAAUCAGUCGAUUAAUGUGCCCCGAUGAAAACUGCACGGAACUUCCCGAGGCCCAUGUUAAUCUUGAAGUGUGGCUACCAUUGGGCACCACACCGAGUUUCUGGGCCCCGCCUACCAAAGUAACGGAUCAUGGUCCUUUGGGGCCUGUUAGCCGCUGGGCCCUUUUGCUAUCUCCUGCGUUUGUCACUCAAGCCCAAAAUCUGCAACGGCCAAAUUUAGAGUCUACCUGUGAUCCAGUCAUUCGUUCUGUCUUCAGACAGAACGGGGAAGCAUUCGGAACCAGUUUGAAUCUUGGUAAUCCUGAGAACCAGCCAGCAAUGCUCAACGUGCAAAGCAAUGCCACUGCAAAAAUGCUGUCUGUCAGUUGGUACAUGAAUGGAGUUGAUCCAGUGCGGAACUGUGACCGCCUUGGAAGCCAGUCUUCGACAACACAGGAUUGGCAACCUCCAUCGACCAACUUUUUCAGUCCUUACUGUCGGUUUGAAGCCCAACAAGCUACGAAGCUGACAUGGGCGAAACUGCAGCGAAGUGUCCCACUAAUUCAUCAGCUGGUUAGCCGGAUGAACCUGACUCAAGCGGAAUAUGAUGGUUUGCUCAAUGCGACUCGAUCACCCCGAGAGUUUGCAUCCGUCGCUCAGCUACGAACUCACUACUAUGAUCUCGCAUGCGGUUGGGUCCGUCGGCAUCAAAACCACUGGAAAUGGUGGACAGUUGAUUGGGACAGGAAACAGACGCUCACGAUUUCUGGGCUGUUUAGCUCACACGGAAAAUGGGUCUAUCCAACUCUGCAUCACGUUGCCAAAGCUGCCGUGGACUAUGUGAACAAUGCUUCGGACUAUUUUGCCAACACAGAGUAUGCCUUACAACUUGAUGUUCGCAACUUGACCUGUGUAAAGGACGUGGUGGUUAACGAUCUGUUUGAUAUGCUGUUCAGUUCAUCAGACGUCAAAAUGGUCGGUAUCAUUGCCGCCUUGUGUUCUGAUGUAAUUGAACCAGUCAUCGAUGUUGCGAAACAACGAAGAAUUCUGGUCGUUAGCCCUACUGCUGAAUCCGAUCGGAUCAAUCAACCUUCCGGUGACUCGUAUUUUUUUCGUACCAUUCCAUCCAUGCGAAAUGUUAAGGGUUGUGUUGACCAAAUCUUCACACUGCGUCAGGUACUUGAACAACGCCAUACAUAUAAGCGACCCACGAUUUUAGUAUUCCUGGAUUUCCGAGGCGCAUUCGACUCGGUUGAUCGGUCUGUUCUUCUUGAGACGCUUGCCCACCAAGGAAUGCCCCGGAAGUUUGUAAACAUAAUACGUUCUUUGUAUUCUCAGACUUCCGGACGUGUGAGAGUGUACGGAGAGCUCUCCAAAAGCUUCCGCACACAAAGCGGUGUCCGUCAGGGAUGCCCACUCUCUCCAUUACUUUUCAACUUUGUGAUCGAUGAAAUAAUGAGACGAACGCUGGAGGAUCUCCAAAACCCUGGUGUUCAAAUAGCCAGUGAAGAAAACCUUGUCGAUCUGGAAUAUGCAGACGACAUCGUUCUCAUGUUCGAAGAGGAGGAGAAGGCGCAAGUAUUCUUGGAUGAACUGACCAAAGUCAUCCCGUCCUUUGGUAUGCAUUUUGCACCCACAAAGUGUAAGGUCAUGCUUGUGGACGUGCAGUCACUGAACACGCCCCUUACAAUCCAGGGAGAGGUACUGGAAGUUGUGGAGCGUUUUACGUACCUUGGAAGUUGUAUUAGUUCUGAUUGCAGUGUGACAGAUGAGGUGAAUGCACGAAUCUGCAAGGCUCGGGCCGCGUUUGCUAACUUGAGACACCUAUGGCGUCAGAAUGGUUUAUCCCUGAAUCUGAAGGGACGUGUGUAUCAAGCUACAGUACGGGCUGUUUUGUUGUAUGGCUGUGAGACUUGGCCUAUUCGAGCAGCGGAACUGAGACGUCUUCAGGUGCACCAGAAGCUGCGUUGGUUGGGACAUGUGUUACGUAUGCCGAACCAUCGUUUGCCGAAGCGAAUGCUGUUUUCCAUGCCCAACUCAGAGUGGCGUAAACAGAGAGGUGGCCAACCCUUGACUUGGCAGAGAAGUAUGAAGGAGAUCACGAAACGCUUGGGUGCUGUCAGUGCUACUCGCCUUCCAGGAUGGGGACCGCGUGAUCCUCACUGUGCCGAGUUAGAGACACUACAAGAUAUAGCUGCCAAGCGAUAAACCUCACCGAGUGCCACGUUAUCCCCAAAAUGUGGGCCAGCCAAUAAGUGGUUUGAUCUUCCAACCAUACAUGGUAGUCCUACACUGUCGAAACGGCGGUUUUCCCGCCGGCGCAUUAUCCAAUACGGUCGAAAUACUUUUAAAACCAAAGAGCCCGGUGCUGCUCAACAGGCACCUGCUGUGCGCAACCGCAUCGGGAAUGAGACAGUAAUGCCUUAUUCCCUGCGCCCUCGGGUUAGGCCAACCCCCUGCAGCCGAGCAGGUCAGACUAUUGAGUCAUCGGCUCCGGGCAGGGUCCCCAAAGAAAACCCUAUAUUCUCCCACUGCCUCGUGGGUCAGACUUUUGAGUCAGAGGCUAGGGUCAGGGUCCCCGAACAAAACCCCACACUCUCCCACUGCCUCGUGGGUCAGACUUUUGAGUCGAAGGCUCAAGGUGGGGUACCUCAACCAAACCCCCUUCCUCGGCCUGGGCAACCGGGAAGUAUCAUUUGCCCGCGCAGUUCAGCGUCCACCGAUGUCCCUCCCCAACCCCUUCCCACUGCACAAGCAAACGUCACUGGGCCAUUUGACUGUCAGUUAUCUGACCGAAGGGCCUUUUGCUCCUCGCUAUGGAUUAUGGAGGAGAUGAUUGGACACAACAGUCGAAUUUUUAUCAUUGAACACUUCGCACGUGGCACUGCGCUUAUUUUAUGUGUGGCCUAUCACCUCGGUCUACAUUUUGAUUUAGGUUACGUUUGGUUUAUCAACUCAUGGCUGGUUGGUGAAUGGUGGAAAGCGCCUGGGGUGAUGCCGGCCGAAUGCACUGAAAGCCAAAUGAUGAGUAUUACCUCUUGGACAUUCAGUAUGACUCAACAGUUGGCGAUCGCACCUUCUCUGCACGCGUCCAUGCGGCCACAAAACGGUCCCUACAUCCCUGGCUAUCAUGAUUACGAUAUCUACACCUACGAGUCCGUCAUUGUCCUCGCUCGUGCCUUGGUGGUCCUUUUGCAAAAACAUCCCAGAGCCAUCUCCGUCCUCGAAGGUCCGGCAACAGCUGCGGCUUAUAGAGAUCUUGUUUCAAAAACCCGAAUAGUCUACUCCCUGUUCGAGGAUAAGUGGUCUCGAAAUGCCAGCCGAGAAGCCAUAGGCUUCUCAACCGAUCGUCCUACAGGUUCCUUUUAUGGGUCCCACCCGAACAGUAGCCAAGAGAUUUCCUACCUCCAGUUCAAUGUUUUUCAUGACCGCAAUGCAGACUUCUGGCUCCUGCAACAGCGCCAGAUUAAUACGACCAAAAGCAUUGCAGCAAUUUUUGUGAACCCGACCUCCCACAACUUUCCAUACGGUUUGACCGGUCCGAGUGAACUGCCCUCGCUAGAUGACUUCAAUCGUUUUGUGAGCGAAAAAUGGCUCGGUCAUAUUCAUUGGGGAGGAAACGGUGGAAUUCCGGGCGAUGGUUCAGACACCGGCGAAGGUUGUAUGGUUGGUUGGAUUAGCCGUCUGCUUGGUGUCAAUUGUCCCACGGCAGUUGUCCUUUUCUUCAUCAGUCUGGUUCUGCUUAUCGCGUUACCACUUUUCACUCUGUUUAUCGUCUAUUAUCGACGGAAACUCAAGGAAGCCGAACGUCUCAUUCGCCAGCCUUACGAAGAACUAUGUGCUGAACUAGCUGAUAUUGAUAUCCCAGCUUCGGAUAUCUAUCUCAACCGACGAGUUGGACAGGGUGCGUUCGGCAUGGUGUACGGUGGCGAAGCGAAACGUAAAGGCACCUGGGAAGCAGUUGCUGUCAAGGUUAUUGGCAGCAAAGCCAGCUAUGAAGGGAAGAAAGAUUUCCUAUCCGAGGCAAAACUGAUGCGCAAUCUAGACCACAAGAAUGUUGUCCGACUCAUCGGGAUAUGUCUUCAUCCACCGGAGAAUCAUCUGUAUCUUAUUAUGGAAGUGAUGCUUCUAGGAGAUCUGCGGACCUAUCUGCUCUCUCGCCGUGUUAUGGCACAACAAUCGCCAGAUCAUGAAGAUAUUCGGCCAUCCACUUUAACUCGAAUGGCCACUGAUAUCGCAGAAGGCGUGGGCUAUCUGCACAGCAAAUCUCUGGUACAUCGUGAUAUUGCCUGUCGGAACUGUCUUGUGGGAUCGGAUCGCAUGGUUAAAAUCGGAGACUUCGGUUUGACCCGCCAAUUGAGCAACUUGGAAACCGAGGGGUAUUAUCGGUUCACACGAAAUUGUCAACUUCCUAUCAGAUGGAUGUCUCCGGAGAUAUUCCAGUUUGGGGUGUUCAGUGUCCAAUCAGAUUUAUGGUCCUACGGAAUUGUCCUGUACGAGAUCAUCACUUUUGGUGUUCACCCCUAUGAAGGACUUGAUGAGGUUAUGGUUGUGGAGGGUGUGAAACAAAACCGACUAAGUAUUCUGGACUUUCUUCCUUCAGCGGCGAUAAACACACCUAUCGCUGCACUCAUUGGUCAGUGUUGUCAAUUCCAAUGGCAGCAUAGACCAGCAUCCAUGGAUUACAUCAACCAACGACUGCGAGAAAAUCCCGAAUGCGUACGACCAUUCCUCACGGACGAACCACCGAAACCAACUAGCAGAAUUGAUGCCCUACCAUUUCAACCUGGAGCUGGCGCCUGCAUGAUGUCUGAGAAUGCACUCGUCUCAGAUGGCCCUAAUCCCGGCACAAAUAUGGCUGGCGCUGUGAAUGUGACGGACACUGUUUCAAACAACCACAGUACUGGUACGAUUGGCCUUGCUGCCGUACGUGGAUUCCACAGUACUACCGGUAGCCUUGUUGGAGCUGGACGUUCAUCCCUAGCCUACUAUUCCGCAGACUCCUUUCCGGAGGCAACUUCGGCGGCACUGCGCCUUUUAGCUGCCGAUGUUUCAUACCCUUCAGGAAGACGGCGGCAUAAAACUGCUGAUAAUGCUAUCAACAAGGAGCGGAAUACCUUUCUCCGACGAGGCACAAGUUCGUCUUCAGGGGACGGGGGUAGUCACAUGAAACUAGAGACUGGGAGCAAUAUUCGAAAUCCGAAGUAUCCAGUUUUCGACCUGAACCCGGCUUUUUUGCAAGGUUGGUCCGCUAGCUCGGAUGUCCCGCCGUCUUCGGCUCCUCACAGGUCAAACAAACUGGAAAAGUCGCGCCAUAUUUUGUUCGGCAAAUCAGAAUCUGUAGACCAAGGGGCUGCCGAACUGGUUCCUAUUCUUUCGACCCAGAAACAAACAUCGAUGUGCUACACUGAGUUACGUGGAUCGCCCCGCCCAACGAUCCCUGCUACUCAAAUUCGCGACCCUUAUAACGGUCCAGUUGUUCUACCGGAGGUGGUUGGCGGGGUUUCUUUUCAUCCAGCAUGCCACGAACAACAGAACGGUGUUCUGGCUUCUAACCCUCGAUCGUUGUCGACUGGAUAUUUGGUCGGUGGUCAACACCAGGAUAACUUAGUUUGCAACCGUACUAAAAGUGCCCCGGAACACCAUCCACAUGGCUUUGACCGUGCGUCGUCAAGCAAACUGACACCAUUACCAUCUGUUCGCAGAUGUAACUGUCCGGACAGCAAUCCUUGUGAGCAUGACCUCUUAAACCUUCCGUCUACGCCUAGUUUUGUAUCCGGGCGGAAGUCAGCUGGACGCUUUGUCCCAAGCAGUGCACGAUACGUUGUUGGUAGCGCCGCGCAACGUUUGAGGUCAUUGCUGCGUGCGUUUGCACGGUCGCGUAAGGGAGACGUAUCCCAGUGUGACGGGUCUAAUUUACGGAGCACGAAGUCAUCCAUAUGUUGUCGGGCCGCUGACCUUCCUAAUGAAAGCGAACUGACUUCCGCACAGCUAACUCAGAUGCGUAGUGAUCCGAAUCAGUUCUCUACUUCCUGUCCACCUUUGUUGCUGACCCGUCUACCUCAAGUUGGUCCCGAACGCAUCGAACGUUUGCACGGACUUUCCGUCGCGGAGACCUUCACCCCGGCAUCUGCACCACCAGUACAACAGUACUUUUUCUCCUUUGACAGUUUCACUGAUGUGAACGCUGACUCGACUAACUCCAGAUUCCCUCCCACCACGUCAGAUGCUUCCGCCUCACGGUAUCCGUCUACCGACUGCUCCACGAUACCUCCGGUCACAUUUUUGCACGCUGUUGAGGUCUCUCCUGUCGAAUUGCACUUAGAGCGCCAAACACCUUCUCCCACAGUAAACACGACCUCUUCUUCCCCACCUCGGACUCCCAGCUCUUCUUUAGUCAGUCACGAUCACUGUUCCUACCUCGUUUGAUAGUACCAACCACUGCUUUCCGCACACGUACUUGCUGUUAAUCGACCACAGCGCCUGUCCCAGCAUUAUCCCGGUUUAUGCUUCAUCCUCCCAUCUCAUUUAUUUUCCUCUGCAUCUACCUCAGUCUGUUUUAUAUACCAUCUUUCUUCAAUUGUAAUUGGACAAAUGCACAGUUCUAUGCAUAUUCAGUACACUACCAUACAUUCUUCAGCUAGGUUAUUUCACCUGCCAAGUGUCAAUAUGUUAUUGUCCUCUCUUCACAUUCGUCACGCGCAUCGCUGCACACAGAUGUACAAAUAUGGUUGAUCACUAUCAAAUGGUAUCCCCUACUUUAUAGCCUAUCCCCAUUCUUUAAUAUCUUGAUCUGCUUCACCAGGUCUUGUUCUGUCAUACUCUUUUGUCUCCUAUUCGCCUUUCCUCGGUCUUUCAUUUGAUGCUUGUCCAUAAAAAACAUUUUCUUGUCAUUGAACAUGCAUUGUGUAACUCUUCUGUUUUGAUCUGUUCCCCAGAUUCUCCAGCAUUAUCAGGGCUAGGGUCUGCUGUAGCCGCUGUGUACAGUUUUUCACAUCACUUGAGCUGUUCCUCUAUCUACUCAUUUGUAUAUUGCCAACCCGUUCCGCUUUCUUAUAGUAGCAUUUUCAUCAGAAUUUACUAUCGUACUGCUUUAUACAGCCUUAUGGUUUGCCUCGUUUUUCCAAUGCAUACUCCUUUCUUCGUUCGUUGCCUUACACAUCUAAUGCCAAUCGCGUCCUCAGACACUCAGUUCCCCUUCCUACUUGCGUCCUAGUUCAUUUCAACUGUUGCUGGUCCUUAUAUUUGUCUCUCUCUCUGUCCGUGUGUUUGUGGUCAGCUUCUCAGGGUGGCAUCCUUGCAAUGGCGUGUGUGCGUGCGCCUUCCCUGUUUGUUUUUGGUGUCUGUUUUUGUUUUGGAUGACGAGAAUUUUCCUGCAUUCUCUGUGCACGCUGUAUUAUGAUUGUUCUUAUCUUCUGAUUUCCUUCCCACAUGCAAGCUGCGAAUGGACUAUUGCGCCGUUUGUUACAUUUUGAUGGGUCGUUGCCAUAAAAUCUACCCAAUCUUCAGCAUUGUUUGGUUAAGUAAUGAUUUUUGGGUUUUCGAAUAUUUUUAUCUCUUCUGUGCAAAUAGAUCCAUGCUUCGCCGU